UCGCCCCGCAUCCGCAACCCACCAGCCGCCGCUCCUCAAGGUCGCGCGUACAAAGCAUCACGGGAAGUAUCGGAUUCGCCCUGUGACUGGGUUUGAUUGGAGAAGCGUCACGAGCUUCCGACGCAAAGAUGCGGCGUUACGAAUAACUGAAGGCGCAGGAGGGGGAGGGGAAAGCAGAGGUCACUCUGAUUACUGCUGUUAUUGGCUGAAGCGCACUAAGGGGGGCAUUUUUUUUUUUUUUUUUUACGUCAAAGAGCAACGUGAGAGUCGCCACGUAUCCACAGGGUGACAAAGACACACGAAAAUACUCGAUGAGUGUCAGUGGAUGAGAGAGGCACGCGCACGAACGGAUCGGUCACCGCGUCCAGGACAGCCCAAGUGUUUCUGCAUUUUGCAUCGGAACCUGCGUGCAGGACUGCGCGUUCACGACUCAUCUGCCACUCCCAUUUCACUGGAACAUGGAGGGGGAGAAGAAGGAAGUGACAGGCUAUCUUCUGUUCUCUCUGGCCACGGCUGUUAUUGGCUCCCUGCAGUUUGGCUACAACACAGGGGUCAUCAAUGCACCUGAGCAGAAACUGCGCACAUUCUUCAACAACACAUGGAUGGAACGUUAUGGGAAGCCCAUCCAGCCUGGAAUGUGCACCAUCGUGUGGAGUUUAGCAGUGGCUAUCUUCAGUGUGGGUGGAAUGGUGGGCUCCUUCAGUGUUGGUGUCCUUGCCAACAAGUUUGGGCGACGCAAUUCCAUGUUUUUGGUGAAUAUCUUGGCCUUGAUCGGUGGAGGACUCAUGGGGCUUUGCACUCUUGCCUCUUCUUUUGAGAUGGUUAUCGCUGGCCGCUUGGUUAUUGGCCUCUUCUGUGGCCUUUUCACUGGUCUCACCCCCAUGUAUGUUGGGGAGGUUUCUCCCACUCCUCUCCGGGGAGCUUUCGGCACUCUACACCAGCUUGGAGUGGUAAUAGGCAUCUUGAUUGCACAGAUCUUUGGCCUGGAGUUUCUGCUGGGCUCAGAUAAAUUGUGGCCGCUGCUGCUGGCUUUAACUGUGAUCCCUGCUGUACUACAAUGUUUGCUGCUACCCUUCUGCCCUGAGAGUCCACGCUAUCUCCUCAUUAACCUCAAUAAAGAGGAACAGGCUCGCAAAGCAUUGGUGCGUCUCCGUGGCUGUGAGGAUGUGUCAAAGGACAUGCAGGAGAUGAAGGAAGAAAGUGUAAAAAUGAAUAUGGAAAAGAGGGUGACCAUCCCCGAGCUCUUCCGCACAGCCACGUAUCGUCAGCCACUUCUCAUUGCUAUCAUGCUUCAGCUUUCCCAGCAACUGUCCGGGAUCAAUGCUGUGUUCUACUACUCAACAGGUAUUUUUGAGUCUGCUGGUGUGACCAAGCCAAUAUAUGCUACCAUCGGCGCUGGGGUUGUUAACACUGUUUUCACUGUGGUAUCUCUCUUCCUUGUCGAAAGAGCCGGACGAAGGACUUUGCACCUUAUUGGCUUGGGUGGCAUGGCAGUCAGCGCCCUGCUAAUGACCAUCACCCUUGUAUUGGACUACAUCCCAUCUCUGAACUACCUGAGCAUUGCAGCAGUGUUUGCCUUUGUGGCUAUGUUUGAGAUGGGUCCAGGACCCAUCCCAUGGUUCAUUGUUGCUGAGCUCUUCUCCCAAGGACCACGGCCUGCCGCCAUGGCCAUUGCAGGAUGUUCCAACUGGACGGCCAACUUCCUUGUGGGCGUCAGUUUCCCAAAACUAAGGGAACUCUGCGGGCCAUAUGUUUUCAUUAUCUUCUUUAUCUUCCUCAUCCUCUUCUUCAUCUUCACAUUCUUCCGUGUUCCUGAGACCAAGGGUCGGACCUUUGAAGAGAUUGCUCAAGGCUUCAGCGGCGCCCCACCUCCUCCAAGCACCAGUGCACAGGAGGUUGAUGUGGUCACAGUGCCUACCACUGCAGUGAAGGAGAAAGUCCCAUUGGUGGCAGCAAAUUCUGAAGCGAUGGAGAAGCCAAGUUCAUCUGGAAGCAUGGCUUCAGAAGCUAUGCCUGGUGAGGAGAAACCUGAAUCUGCUACACAACCACUGGUUAAAUCUGCUUCAGAGGAGAAAUGCGAUACUACUGUCCAGGAAAGUGUUUAGUAAAAAGUGAAGAAUUUUUUUUGAUGUUAUAGUCGUAGUAGAAAUGAACACUAUGUCCACAGUGUCAGUAAAAUGUAUUGAAGUCAUUUUUCUGUGUUGAUGGAGCUAGGGCAAUGAAAUCCUCAUGAAUUACUUAUAUGGCUUAUAUUAAUAUUGGACUGAACUUUGGGAAAUUUAGUUUCCAUCACAGUGUGCAUAUUAUACAUAAUGAAACCUAGUUUAGGUUUAUACUCAAAUAAGAGAGUGAUAGCUAGUUUUUGUACACAAGUCCAUGAAAAAUGUUUGAAAAAAGUAUGUAGGAGUUGCUUAAAAAUGAGUAUAGUUGCUGCGGUAAUAGUGGUAAGCACAAAGUAGUAAUACUUCCAAAUGUAAACACGCAAUUAUGAGUUAGUACAUAAUGUGGCCUCAUAAUUGCAACUUAAUUCAAAGUAACUGCUGCCACCAACAAACUAUUAAUUCAAUGUGCAACUUAUAGGUCAUUUAAAACUCCCAGACAUGAAGGUAACAGAAGUUUUUGAAAAAUUACAGGGGUAAAGGCAGAGAAAUAUCUUUUUCCCCAUGUUUUCUUAAGUGUUUUGUUAAGUGUGUUUCUAUGCCAUACAAAUGUUUAAAUUAAGGCAGUUUAGAGGGGUUUAUGUUUCAGAAAUGAGUGAAUUUUAAACUGCACCUUGCUUGAUUAGUGAUACCCUUGAUUACCUCUGCUCUAUUUAUUUAUUUAUUUAUUUAUUUAUUUAUGACUAUAUGUAAUAUAUUUUUAUUUUUGUUGCUUGAUAUAUUGAUUAUAAGAUAUAUUUGUGUAAAAAUGAAAAAUGUAUUUAUUGCUGUGCACUUUUAAGGCCCAAGAGAGAGAUAAAAAAUACAGCUUUUUCCUGUCUUAAUGUCAAAUGUGUGUCUAUAGUACUGUAUGUCUUGUACCAAGGUGAACCUUUCUUGUCAAGAUGAUGUGCAAUUAAUGUAUCUGAUUUUUCUCCUUGAAGGCAAAAUUAGUGUGUUUUAGGUCUAUGUAUACUUAUAACAGCCUUUUCAGUCUGGAUGCAUCAAAUCAAGGGGGCUAAUCACCUAGAAUAUAUUUUAAGAAGUAAUUUUAGAAGCCUAAAAUGGAACAAAUUUAUUUAUUUUUAUUCUAUGCCAUAGAACAGGGGUCUUAUCCCCUGUUCUUAUGCAAAAAGAGUCAGUGUGGCUGCAGGCUUUCACUUGUUUAAUCAGUUCAUCUUAGUCUCCAAUCAACUAUCAAGUGUGCGUCCAGUUUGGCUGUAAUAAAAGCCUGCAGCCACAUUUGGCCCUUUCUGGAUAAGAUUGAAGACCCCUGCUAUAGAAUGUAAAGAAAAUAUUACCAAAUAUUACUCAUACAUUGCCAUCACCCCCUGCAUUAUUCGCUUCACUGUAAACACCAUUUCGUGUGCAAGGCUAUAGAGCUAUUUUGAUAUAAAUACAUAUUUUAAAUGUUAAGUAAAUGUAUCUAUAUUUAAAUUCUUAUUGAUGUUUUUUUCUUGAUUCCUCUGCUGCUUCUGCUACAAGACAAAUAUUAAGAGAGAAAUCAAGUAGAAAGAAGUAUGUGUGUACACACACACACACACACACACACACACACACACAUUUUUUCCCCCUCAGUGAAACAGUCAACAUUUCUAAAUGCUUGUGUGUGUAACAGAUUGUCCCUCUAAUUACUGGGUGAAUAAAUAAAUACAAUGGUUGUGAA